AUGCCCCGCACCUCCAUAAGGCUCAGAGCGGAUAUGACCCAAAACACCAAAAACUUGCAAGGAAUCUGGCGCCCCCUCAACCUGCACAAUGGUACCCAGCAGGAUUUGGCCGAUCGCCAGGCUGUUAUCAGUGUCAUCCGAGAUGUCUACGAUCCUAUGCUAACUCAGUAUCUUGCAGCAGGUAAUCUUUGGACACGCCAAUUUCUGGAUCGAGCUCCCCGGGAACUUUUCCGGCAACUGGUUGCCCUUCAAUUGGACAGUCUCCCAGGAUCAGUGCGUCAUAUUGAGGAGGAUGCAGUCCUUACCUGGAUUCUGUAUGACCUUCUGAGAUUUUACCGUUUCACUGAUGUAGCCUGGCGGACGCCCCGCGCACCCGCGAAGGCACCCGCGAAGGCACCCGCGGAGGCCCCAGCCAACGCCCCCACAGCAGCACCUGCCAAAGCCAAGCGUGGGCUUGCAACUCGUACCAUGCCUGCUCCAGUAGUCGCACCUGCCAAAGCCAAGGGGAUGCUUGCCACUCGUACCCUACCCGCCCCAGUAGCCGCACCUGCAGUUGCUGCUACAAACCCUUUGAAUACAGUGAAAGCGGCCGUGAAAGCUCUCGUAAAAGCAGUGGUCCCAGAUCCCGCCCUAACCCUCCCACCCAUGCUCGCAGACUCACCACCCCCAGGUCCCCUCCCCAAGAUUGCUCCCAAAGGACCUGGUGCAUCUACCACGUACGCUGCCAAAAAGCGACGUAGAUCCGAGAGCGACGACUCCGAGACCGAGGAACCAGCGCGAAAGCGUCCUGAUGUCGCAAAGACACCCGCGGCCGUGAAAUUAGCUCCCAGUGUUAAGCGACCUCGAUCUGGAAGCGAUGAUGGUGAGGCCGAGGGCCCUGCGCGAAGGCGUCAGGGUGGACCCCGGGCUAAUUAA